AGACAGGAGGUGUCGGAUGUGACAACAUGACCAUGAUGGUGGUGGCCUUGCUCCAAGGCAAGACGAAGGAGGAGUGGUACAAUUUGAUUGCGGAACGGGUUGCGAAUGGAGAUGGUCCUUGCGCACCUCCAGAGUACGGCAAGUCUUGACCUCUCCCUUCCCCUCCACUCCCUUCUCAUUCAUCACAUCCUCCUUCUCUUGGCCCUUCUCACCCUCCUACCUUUUCCCGACCUUGAUGAUAUGCCAUCAUUUCUUUCGAGAGCACGCAAAACACUUUAGCGCAUCAUGAUAGAAGAAUCGUGUUAUUGUGGCAUGGCAGGCAGUAUAUAUGAUGAAUCCGUUCUCAUAUUUCUUCGCCCGUGAAACGUUUCUUCUGUCGCCGUUCGCUGGAGUAGCAUCUUUAUCCGCACUCUAUCUCAUGAACUUCGACCAACUAACAGAGAUCCGCGAUUCUCGCAACUAUCAACCUCGCACCCCUUUCCACUCUGGCAGCAAUCCGCUGAUUUCAGCCACAAAACACAUCGUUCUGCUGGCUAACAUUUGCUAUCGUUCUGCUCUACAGCCGAGUUCCGAGGACCUGGCGUUCACGACCGAUUUAACCAAAACUCCUACCAUGACGACGAUGACGACGACCUCGACAUGGAUCCGCGAGCACGCAUCUUUGGCCAGCGCGGUGGCCGUGUGAUUCUUCUUGGAGAUGGAACCGAGAUUUCCAUUGGUCAUCUUAUGG